UGUGUUCAUUAUUUUCACUAUGGCUGCCUCCACGAGCAGUGCGGCCAGUACAAAACACAGUGAAAAUCUUUCAUCAGCUGAAGAAACAGAGUUUUGUCCGGGUUUUAAAGAUGUCGACGCAUUUGUCAAGCAUGGACUGGGAGCUGUGGUCGCUGCCACGAAGGCGAGUGCGUCUCUUCCUUCAGCAGGAGAUGAGUUUGAUCUGUACCGCAGCUUCUCUGCGUUUCAAGAGUUCUGUGUGUCACAGGGAGAUCGACUUCUACACGGUAUGAGCCAGAUAAUGCAACACCAUGGUUGUAGAUCUCACAUGAGAGACCGGAACAAACUGACAGGCCUGGAGGACAGAUUUGACCUGGUGGUGGACUCAAAUGAUGCCAUUCUUGAGAAAGUGGGCAUUCUCCUGGAUGAGGCCUCUGGUGUGAGUCGCACCCAGCAGCCUGUGAUGCCCACAGGCUAUCAGCCACCCAAGAUCGUUGUGUCCAGUUGGAAUCGCAGGGGAGGAGACCGGAGCACAGAGACCUUUCACCUUCUACAUGCCAAAAAUGUUCAACGGCCGCAGCUAAAGUUCAAGGAGAAAGUGGAUAACAGCAACACCCCCUUUGUCUCCAAAAUCUUCAUCAAACCCAAUGCUUUAAAACCUCUGCCUUCAUACUUUACCAACAAACACAUUCGUAAGGAGAGACCAGAGGAUUUGGACGUUCCUGCUGCGCUGGCGGAUUUCAUCCAUCAGCAGAGAACACAAGAACAUGUGGAUGACAUGUUUUCUCACCCCUACCAGUAUGAGCUGGACCAUCUGGUCAUGCCAGAGAGUCUGAAAACCAAACCUGAUCCCCAGAUGUAUAAACCAUUUGCUGACUCAAGUUGUCAGUUCAUUGACACUUUAGAAGAUCUCGUUGCUCUGAAUGAGAAAUUGGCCAAGAUGACAGAGUUUGCGGUGGAUCUUGAGCAUCAUUCCUACAGAAGCUUUCUAGGAAUCACGUGUCUGAUGCAGAUAUCAACACGGGAAGAGGAUUUCAUUAUAGACACGCUGGAGCUGCGCAGUGAAAUGUACAUUUUAAAUGAGACAUUCACUGACCCCACCAUUAUGAAGUUGUUUCAUGGUGCUGAUUCAGACAUUGAGUGGCUUCAGAAGGACUUUGGUCUCUAUGUUGUCAACAUGUUUGAUACCCAUCACGCUGCUCGUUGUCUAAACCUCGGCCGAAACUCUCUUGACCAUCUUCUGAAAGUAUACUGCAACGUGAACUCGGAUAAACGCUACCAGUUGGCAGACUGGAGAAUACGACCAUUGCCAGAUGAGAUGAUCAAGUAUGCUCGUGCUGACACUCACUAUCUGCUCUAUAUAUAUGAUCGAGUCAGAGCUGACCUUUAUGAUUUGGGCAACGGGCAACCCACCCUCAUUCAGCAAGUGUGGUCUAAAAGCAGAGACCUCUGCCUCAAGAAAUUUGUGAAGCCUAUUUUUACUGAGGACUCGUAUAUGGAGCUGUACCGUAAGCAGAAGAGGAUCUUCAACACGCAGCAGCUGGCAGCCUUCAGACUGCUUUAUGCCUGGAGAGAUAAACUCGCCCGAGAGGAAGAUGAGAGUACAGGGUACAUCUUACCAAACCACAUGAUGAUGAAGAUUGCUGAGGAGCUUCCAAAGGAGCCACAGGGUAUCAUCGCAUGCUGUAACCCCACACCACCACUAGUGCGUCAACAGAUCAAUGAACUUCAUCAACUCAUCAAACAGGCUCGAGAGAUUCCCCUACUGAAAGUAGAAGUUCUUGCUGAAAAAAGGAAAUCAUUAACCCCAAAAAGAAAGCCACAGUAUUCAUUAUUUGGACCGCAUGAUACCUCCCGCUCAUCUGAGAGUGAUUUCCUGGACCUCUCUUCCAUUGAAACACCAACCAAACCGGGAGUUCUGUUUGCAGAGGAGGACAACGAAAGCAUGGACAAAGAUGAACAAUUGUUGUAUAGCCUCAAAGCAACAACAAAAAUCAGCCUCUUUGCGGAGGAGGAGGAGGAGACAACAGCAGCUCCUGCUCAUCUGACAGUGGCACAACAGAAAGCACACAGUAUCAUGGCAUCAUUUGAGAACCCUUUUCGAAUGUAUUUACCAUCAAAGGACAUUCACAUAUCAAAGAAUGCCAAAUAUGACCCCUCGACAAAGAUCUACGAGAUUCGUAACAGGUGGAAAUUACAGAGUAUUGAGCAGCAGCAGAAGGAAGCUGAAGUGAAACAGCAAGCCAAAGAACGGGCAAAGAAAGCUCAAAAGGAACGCAAGAAAGCCAAACAGAGCUAUCAGGAGUCGCUGCAGAAUGUGAACACUGUCAGACAGCAAGUGAUGGAAGCAAAGCAGUCUGGGCAGAAGAGGGAGAGAGUUGCUAGUGAAGUUGGCGAAGAGAGCCUUAAACCAAACAAGAAAGUCUUGAAGACUGCGACAUCAGAGGCUGAGCAGUCGACCACAUCUGCUCCGAGAAACCAGAAACCGAAAGCUGCUCAAGAUGUUCCCAAACAAAACUUUAAACCUUAUGACUACACCCAGUCAAAUUUAAAAAUGUUUGAUGGAAAAUCAAAAGAGAGUUCACAUUUUGAUCCCAACAGACAAGCACAUGAAACCAGGCAAAAGAAAAAUCAAAAAGGAAAAAAGAAAGGUGCUAUGGGUGGCAAAAGCAUGUCUUACUUGCCAGCAAAGUCAGAGAGAGGGUUUCACCAUAACUGGCCUAAGAGAUAGAAAUUUACAAUGGAUGGUUGCCCUCUUUCUUUUUUAACAGUUCUUUAACAUUUAUUCUUUCAAUCUGUUGCAGCCGUGAUUUAUGCUUGUAAUUGUAUUCAUUUUUGGAUUUUGACCCUUCAUUAAAAAGGCAUUUUAAAUCAUU